UUCUCUCCCUUCGCUCUCUCUGGCCUCUGACCCCUCAAUCUUCUUCUCCUCUCUUCUCAUUUCUCUGUAUAUAAAGUCUCCAUUCACCGUAAUUCUUAGCUUUCAAAACCCAUUAUGGUUUUCCAUUAUCCCAUCUGGGUUCUGGCUCUGGUGCUCGGUCUCGUGGCGGUUGCUCUGAAAAAAUGGUCGAGAGUCGGAGACUGGUUUCAGGCGUAUCAGCUCUUCAAGGUUCCGGAAUUCAAUGAAAACACGCAAGACAAUUAUCUGUACAGAAAGGUUUCGGUAUAUAUUAAUUCGUUGGUUGCUCUGGAAGAUUCUGAUUUCACGAACCUAUUCUCCGGGAAGAAGGCGAACGAAAUCGUUCUGGCUCUGGACCCGAAUCAGACCGUCCACGACACGUUUCUGGGGGCUAGGGUUUCGUGGACGAAUGCCCAUGCAAACAGUUGCAGGACCUUCGUGUUGAAGAUUAGGAAGAAGGACAAGCGGCGAAUUCUCCGGCCGUAUCUGCAGCACAUACACUCCGUGUUCGACGAAUUUGAGCAGAGAAAAAGGGAGGUGAGUCUCUACAUGAACGGCGCCGACGGGCGGUGGCGGUCGGUGCCGUUCUCGCACCCCUCGACGCUGGAGACGAUCGCCAUGGAUUCCGACCUCAAGAACAGAGUCAAAUCGGACUUGGAGUCGUUUCUGAAAUCGAAGCAGUACUACCACCGGUUAGGCCGCGUUUGGAAGAGAAGCUUUCUCCUCUACGGCCCCUCCGGCACAGGAAAAUCGAGCUUUGUCGCUGCAAUGGCAAAGUUCCUCUGCUACGACGUGUACGACGUCGAUUUAUCGAGAGUCUCCGACGACUCCGAUCUGAAACUGCUUCUGUUGCAGACGAGAAACAAGUCGGUUAUUGUGGUGGAAGACCUCGACCGAUUCGUGGUCGACAAAACGACGACGCUGAGCUUCUCCGGCGUUCUCAAUUUCAUGGAUGGGCUAUUGAAUUCCUGCUGCGGAGACGAGAGAGUCAUGGUUUUCACGAUGAACACCAAAGACCACAUCGAUCCAGCCAUGUUGAGACCAGGAAGAGUCGAUGUCCACAUCUACUUCCCUCUCUGCGAUUUCAACGCUUUCAAAACCCUAGCCAACAGUUAUCUGGGAGUCAAGGAUCACAAGCUUUUCCCUCAACUGGAGGAGAUUUUCCAAAGCGGCGCCACCCUCAGCCCGGCGGAGAUCGGCGAGAUCAUGAUCGUCAACCGAAGCUCCCCGAGCCGGGCUCUAAAAUCCGUCAUCACAGCUCUGCAAAUCAAUGGCGAUUCAAGGAGCCCGGCGAAAAUUGGGCAACGGAGCGCCGAUAAACCGCCUAGACCGGCGGAAGAAGCUGGCGACCAGGGCGGCGGCUUUCUUUGCCGGGAAAGUGUGCACACAGUGAGAGAGUUCCGGAAACUGUACGGCUUCUUGAGGUUGAAGAGCAGCAGAAAAUCUGGAUCGUUCGAUUUAGAUUCAAACCAAAAUGAACGAUGAUGACGACGAUCGUGAUAAUAAUUAAUAUAUAAUAUUUUGGGAGGAUUCAUUAGUACAGGAAUUAAUUUGCGUACUACUUAGAAAUUUAGAAUACAUCGAAAACAAAGCCGAAGGGCAAUUGCAUGUGACGUGAAUUCAGGCAGCAAGAUUUGGUCAUCUGAUCAUUUAUUUUUAUUACAAUUAUUAUUUCUUUGGGAUUUUUUUUU